GCCAGAGAGAGAGCCGAGAGAGAGAGAGAGAGAGAGAGAGAGAGAGAGAGAGAGAGGAGAGGACUACUCUUCUCGCGGGCGCACACAGUGUGAAGUGGAGAGAGGGAGGGGAGGGCGCGGCAGCAGGCAGGCAGCUAGCGGACAAAGGCGAUCUCGUCGUCUACCCGAGGCCGAGGAACCAGAGCCAGAGCCACAGCCAGCGCGGGCUCUGACAGCUGGGGUCCUCCAGCGCGCCGCGCGACGUCACGGCGCGAUGGCUGCCCUCGCGCUGGCGGCGCGGAGGAGGAGGGGAGGCGGCGCUCCGGUGGCGGUGGCGGUGAGGAGGGGCGGCGGCGGUCUCCGCGCGAAGCAGGCCGGCCGGGCCGGCUGCCGCGGCGCCUAAGAUACCCUUCAUUCACUCUGCUGCUGCUACCUCUCGCACUCGCUCACCCACCUCCUGCUUCUCUCCUCUCGUCCUCGCGCCGGCGGCGGCGGGCCUCUGCAGCCGGCGUGCUAGGGUUUUCCUUCUUGUCCGUCCUCUACAAGGUGUCGUCUCACUGACUCUGACUCGUGGCGCGGAUGGCGGUCGGGGACGCGCUGCGGCGCCUCUGCGAGGACAUCGGCUGGUCCUACGCCGUCUUCUGGAAGGCCAUCGGCGCCGCCGACCCCGUGCAUUUGGUGUGGGAGGACGGCUACUGCGGCCACACGCCAUGCCCCGCCGGAUCUGAGGCUUCUCAAGCUCGGGCCACUGAGCUCGGGUGUUCUGCUGCUGUUGACAGCAUUUGCUCACUCGUUCGGAAGGACAUGGCCCAGCAGGUUCAUGUCGUGGGAGAAGGGACCAUCGGCCGUGUUGCGUUCACUGGCAGUCAUCAAUGGAUCAUCCAUGGUACUGCGGAUGAUCACGGGCUCUCAUCCGAGGUUGCUUCUGAGAUGCAUUAUCAGUUCAUAGCUGGCAUUAAGACUAUUGCGAUUAUUCCUGUGCUACCACGCGGCGUGCUACAAUUAGGCUCUACUGGUGUGGUUAUGGAGAACACAAGUUUUGUGAUGCAUGCAAAGAAAUUGUGUUCUCAGCUGAACCAGCGAUCAAGUAUGGCUGCAUCUGCUUCAGUAAAAAGUACUUCGAAUCAGUCGCGUCCUCUGCAUGGUGCCUCAAACAUCCAAGCUGCAGACAAUUCCUUCAGUCAAUUCCCAGUGAUACGUGAACAAUACAGACAAUCUGAUAGCGCAACUGCGUCAAGUAGCAAAUCACUAAAUGCAUCUUUGUUUGAGGCUGCACAACAGAAUGGUCUAACUGGUAGAGAGCAUAUUGUCUAUGGCAAGCCUAACGAUAUGUUUGUACAACAAGCGUCUUAUUGUGAUAGUCGACUUGGAAGUAAUACACAGAGUGCUGCAAUAGGCUCUGAUUUGGUCCCAUCGAGCUUGGCAUCAGUGGAGCAACAGCAAAUGCUGAUGAACACCAUUGGACAGUUAGAAUUUGGUAGCGGUACAGAUUUGGCAAGGAGUGCGCUGCUAAAAUCUCUUCUAUACCGAAAUCCUUUUAUGCAUGAAACUAGUGACAUGAAGCUGUCACAUGGAAGAGUUGGCCUAUCCCAAGGGACUACUGGUCAUGGGAGUUAUGGUUUCCUCCCUGGAAGUGCCGGAGUAGUCAGUACUACCUUAUGUACAUCAAGUCAAGUAUCAGAACAAGGAAGCCAUUCCAGUUCAGGAAUGUUACGGCAGAAGCAACCUCCAGUUUCUUGUAAUGUUCCCCAAUCUUCUGAAUUCACCAUGAAAAUGGUGCGCCAAGAAAGAAGGUCAUCUGAAGGUGCUCUGCCUGUAUCUUCUCAAUCUGAUGUUCAGGUUUCUAAUUGCUUGAAUGGCAUGUCCCAAGAGAAUCUAUUGAGUAGGUCAGGUCAUAUGCAGAAAGAUCAAAAUACCGAUAGAGCAAAUGAUCCACGUGUUGCUGUGAGUACACAAGGUGUGAAGAAUAUGGAUGGUUGCAUGCUGCCAGCUAUGCCCAGUGAGACAGCUCACUCUUUGCUUUUGCAGCCAACAUGGGAUAAUGACUUGUUUGAUAUAUUUGGUUCUGAAUUUCAUCAGUUGGGUCAUAAUGUGGAUGCUAAUUUGGUGUCCUCCUGUGAUGCAAAAUCUCAUAGUUUAGACAGAGAUGCAACUGAACCCUCGAUUUGUCUUGAUUCUUCUUCACUCUUCAGUUCACUAGACAAUGACUUUCCCUGUUCCGGGAUCUUCUCACUAACUGAUACUGAUCAAUUACUGGAUGCUGUCAUCUCAAAUGUCAACCCCAGCAGUAAGCAGAGUUCUGAUGACAAUGCUUCUUGCAAGACUGCAUUGACUGACAUUCCAAACAUUUCUCAUUUUGGUUUGGAAGAGUUAAAGCAAUGUGACUCCUCUGGCAUUCCUUCAACGGUAAUCAAGAAUGAGUCCACACAGAUUGUUAAACAACCAUAUUACUUUGAUAAGACUGAAGAUGGUUGUCUUUCCCAAAAUAAUGGAGCACAGAAAUCUCAGAUACGUCUUUGGAUUGAGAAUGGUCAGAACAUGAAAUGUGAAAGUGCAUCAGCUUCUAACAGCAAAGGUCUUGAUACACAAAGCAAGUCAAAUCGAAAGAGAUCUCGACCUGGAGAGAGUUCUAAGGCACGGCCAAAGGAUCGGCAGCUGAUACAGGAUCGUAUAAAGGAGCUCCGAGAAAUGGUGCCUAAUGGAGCUAAGCAGUGCAGCAUUGAUGCUUUGUUGGAGAAGACAGUUAAGCACAUGCUCUUCUUGCAAAGCGUUACAAAGCAUGCAGACAAACUCAAGGAUUCUACUGAAUCUAAGAUACUUGGCAGUGAGAACGGUCCUGUGUGGAAAGACUACUUUGAAGGUGGUGCAACCUGGGCCUUUGAUGUUGGCUCUCAGUCUAUGACAUGUCCAAUCAUCGUUGAGGAUCUUGACAGACCACGUCAGAUGCUUGUGGAGAUGAUUUGUGAGGAUAGAGGCAUCUUCUUGGAGAUAGCUGAUUUCAUCAAAGGACUUGGGUUGACCAUCCUGAGGGGUGUAAUGGAAGCACGUAAAAGUAAAAUCUGGGCACGCUUUACUGUUGAGGCAAACAGGGAUGUAACCAGAAUGGAAAUCUUUCUCUCGCUUGUACGGUUGUUGGAACCCAAUUGCGAUGGCAGCGGAGCAGCAGAGAAUCCCAACAGUGUAAACAUGCCUCUUGGUUUGGUUCGCCAACCUGUCAUCCCGGCAACAGGUGGUAUCCAGUGACAACUAGAGAGAGCCCUCAGCCUCAGGCCAAUCAACAUUUAAGUGCUAAGAGCAGCAGUUCAGCGUGGGACCAGAGUUAAAACACUUCAGAUUCUGCAUCUGCGCACUUUUGCCAUGACUAGCAUUGCCAGUUUGCCAAUGCGCCACUUGCUUUCCAGUGGCGCCUUGCUGCGCAAAUGUGCACCUUUAUCUCCCUUGAGUCGCAGAAAGUCUUAACGUGAGAUGCAUCGAAGACGGGAACGUUGAUUCAGCUAAUGAUCAGUUAGGCAGUGCCAUUGCUUGUACAAUCUUAGUUUUGCUUGUUACUUUUGCCGUAUAUUAGUGGAUUUUGUACCGAAGGGAGAUUCCUUAGUUGAUUUGUGUAGCGUUGAUAACUGGAAAGCCAGCCCUUUGUAAGUCUUCUUCAAACUAGAAAUAGAACUGUUAGCAUGUGA